AUGAGUUAUCAACAAUCACAGGAGAUGUAUCACGACAAUUCUUCUGCGCGUUCCCCUGGCUCGCAGCGUCACCAGCAGCCUCUGCACCGUCAGCCUUCCCGACAAUUCGACGCAUACGGCCCAAUGCCUGUCAAUCUGUACGAUGAUCCAAUGGCUCGCUACGAUAUCGGCCGUCUGGAGCGAUUGAACCCGUCCUUGCACAAUAAUUCCUAUGCGUAUGAUCUUCCUGGCUCGCAGACGUGGAAUCCCAACGGGUUUGCCAAUGCUCAGACUCUGGGAGCCAUCCGGUCGGCCUCGGCCAGCCUCAAGUCCACCUCACGGACCGGUCGGGCGGGCUUGCCUACGACGUGGCUUGACCAACAACCUGGUAUCCCCAGUCCAUUUUCCAAUCUUGGACCCGGACCUCUUCAGAGUGGUGCAGUACGCGCCGAAACCACGGGUCCCUCGGAGGCAGACGACGAGCUGAUUCCGACCGCGAUCGUCAUCAAGAACAUCCCCUUCGCCGUCAAGAAAGAGCAGCUGGUACAGUUGAUGACAGAGCUCAGUCUUCCACUUCCGUAUGCGUUCAACUACCACUUCGACAAUGGUGUAUUCCGGGGUUUGGCCUUUGCGAACUUCACUUCCGCCGAGGAGACCGCCACUGUCAUUGACGUUCUCAACCACUUUGAGUUACAGGGCCGGAAGCUGCGUGUGGAAUAUAAGAAGAUGCUCCCGCUGCAGGAGCGCGAGCGCAUUGAACGGGAGAAGCGCGAACGUCGCGGCCAGCUGGAAGAACAGCACAGGCCCAUGGCUUCCUCGCAGCUCCAAACUCAGAGCUCCAUGUCUUCGCUGACCUCCCACAUUCCUGCCACGUCGCCUUCCCCUGUGUCUCAGCGUGGUCAGAAGCUGGAUGUCGAUCUGAAUGAUAGCACGACGCUCUCAUACUACUCGCAGCUUCUCCUUUUCAAGGAGGACCCCAGCCGGGACUCUGUCCUCUUCCCCGCUACCCUCAGUCCUGUCCAGCGUCGGACAGUUCAUACCCUUGCGCACAACAUGGGGCUAGGUCAUGCCUCCCGUGGCAGUGGCGAGCAGCGACAGGUGCAGGUUUUCAAAGUCGCUCCAGGCACCAACGUAAGCCCGCCGUUGACUUCCAUCCCCACAGCAGUCCAGCCAGCAGACACUGCUCGCCGUGGGUUGAACCGCGCUGCCACCAUUGACUUCAGCGAAGCUAGAAACGAGGGAGGGCCUGGACCAUUCAGCACCCUCCGCGGACAAACCUCUGGCUUCCUCGGUGUUCUGGAUUCCCCCGGCAACUACGGAAAUGCACAGAACCUCCGCGCGGCCAAGUCCUUUGCCGAUUUGCGCUCGUACACUCCCUCCCCCGUGCCGUCUUCUGCUAGCUUUCCCGCGGCUUUGCAGUCCAACGGCGCUCGUCUGCAGCAUUAUGAGGGUGCGGCCAGUGGCGCGUCCAACACCCCGACUCUGACCCCCGCCCCAUCCGGCUCCAACCUUGGACUGCAACGGGACGACAAUCUGUUAGUGAAUAGUCUGGGCGGACUUUCCCUGGGCACUGGAAUUGGGGGGCCGAAUGCGAGCCCGAGGAGAUUGAGGGGUAUGUUCUCUUGGGAACAGCCGGAAAGUCAGCCUUCCAGUGCUGGUCCCAUCGGUAGUAACCGCUCCAUCGGACUUGGAUUUGACGGUCAGUCACAGGAGCGCAUGCCCAUUAGGCAGCCCAGAGGCCCUAUGUCCGAGAAGGGCCCGGGAUUCCGCCGAUCGAACGGGCACCAACCGCGUGGAAGUGAUGAACUGCGUCCCAGUUCUGGCGUGGAGAUUAUUGUGGAGUAG